AUGCCUCACGUGGAAAUUAUUUUUAACCAAUUACAAAAAGUAUUAUGCACAGAUUCUGUUAAGGUCAAGAAACAUUUGGAUAAUUUCGAAGCAGCAAUUCAAGGUAUACGGGAGCAAAUGGGCAGCAUUAUUGACAAUAUUCAAGGAAAAAUAAACACGUCGCAAGAAGAAACUGGUGAACCAAUAAGAAAAAAGGCACGAAUUGAAGAGAACAGCAGAAAACGCGAAGCCUUAGAAAUAUGCGAAGCCGUUUUAUUGCAAAUAAAAACAAGGGGUCACAAUGAAGCAAGUAGAUCCGCCAAUCGAGGAGAUUACAUGGACCUUCUACAUUUUUUAGCAAAAUACGAUGAUACCCUAAAACAUCACUUUAUUGAUUCGACGACUUUCCGAGAAACAGGUGUUUCCGUUUAUGCUGAAGACGAACCACUUGUGGAACCAGGAACAUCACAAAUAUUGAUACCUCCUAAGCGAUCUUUGGUAAAUAUUUUUGACGAUAUAGUUCAAUGUCCGAAACAGAAAUUUAUUUUGAAUAAAAAGAAAAGAGAAUAUACACCUAGUGUCAUUACUUGUGAUCGUUGGGUUGAUUAUUAUGAACUAAAGGAGCAACAGAACAUUGGAAAAGAAAAACUUAAAGAAGAGCAUAAAAAAGAAAGAGAAGUAAAACGAACAUUAAAAGAAAACAAAUUGAAACAGAAAGAAAAAAAAAAUGUUAAAAACUCUAAAAAGCAAAAGAUAUUUAAUGAUACGAGUUCUAAAGAAAAAGGAGAAUGGGAAGAAAGUAAAAGCAGCAUUGAAGACGUAGACAUUUUUGAAUGUCAAAUUGCAAAAAUAGAACUUCUCCCUGUAGAAAACUUAAAAGUAAAAGAAUUUAUUUUGGCGAAAUUUAAGAGGACCUCAAGGACUUACAAAUAUGUUGCUACCAUUUUAAAAAUUUAA